UCUUCUGUCUUUUCCACAGCUCAGGGACCAAUGAACAAGUCAGGAGCACAUGCUGUGACUGAAUUUGUCCUCCUGGGCUUCCCUGAUCACUGGGAGAUACAAAUCUUACUCUUUUCUUUAUUCUUGAUAGUCUAUAUCCUGACCUUGAUGGGGAAUGGGGCCAUUGUCUGUGCAGUGAGGUGGGACCAGAGUCUCCACACCCCCAUGUACAUCCUACUGGGGAAUUUUGCCUUCCUAGAGAUCUGGUACAUCACAUCCACUGUUCCCAGCAUGUUACAAAACUUCCUCUCAGAAACCAAAACCAUCUCUUUUGCUGGCUGCUUCCUCCAGUUCUAUUUCUUCUCUUCCCUUGGUACAACUGAAGUCUAUUUUUUGUGCAUCAUGGCUUAUGAUCGUUAUCUUGCCAUCUGCCGCCCACUACACUACCCAACCAAAAUGACCUUACAGCGCUGUUACACCUUGAUGUCUGUGUGCUGGGUGCUUGGCUUCUUAAGUUAUUCUCUCUCUGCUGUACAACUAUCCCAGCUGACAUUUUGUGGUCCCAACAUCAUUGACCACAUUAUUUGUGACAUAGAUCCAUUGAUGGCUCUAUCAUGUGCCCCUGCUCCUGCUACUGAAAUUCUGUUCUAUAUCCUAAGCUCCCUCAUCAUCAUCCUCACCAUGUUGUACAUCCUUGGCUCUUACAUCCUGCUAUUAAGAGCUGUGCUGCAAGUCCCCUCAGCAGCUGGCCGGCGUAAGGCCUUCUCCACAUGUGGAUCCCAUCUGGCUGUAGUUUGCCUCUUCUUUGGGAGUCUUAUGAUCAUGUAUGUGAGCCCAACAUCUGAGAACUCAGGAGAAGUACAGAAGAUAAUAACAUUGUUCUAUUCAGUUGUGACACCAUUUUUAAAUCCCAUGAUCUAUAGCCUCCGAAACAAGGAGAUGAAGGCUGCUCUAAGAAAAGUCAUUGGAAUCACUUCAAAUUAA